ACUGCACUCUUUUCUUUCUGCUGCUCGUGACUGUCGGUCAGAUGUUCCUACCUACAGUGCUGCUUCUUUCAGUCACACUGUCAAUGACCACGGAUAACUAAUACAUUAAAGUAAUGCCGACAAAAUCAGUCUUCAUGGGUCCUAUAAGAUAUAAUAUUUUGGCCGCUGCAUUGCUUUUAAUCCUCCAGAAUCUCAUAGCCGUCGAAGCUGAGUGGCGGUACCGUCGAGUGCAUCGCAGCCAGAAGUUGCUGCUUAUAGAUGAGUCGGUGUAUCUUGAGUAUUACCCACCAACCAGCCAAGGUGGUCCGCCUCUUAUUGGAUGGGAUGUCUCACAGGAUUGUAGUUUGACGUCCACCUCGCCCGUGGCUUUUCAGUGUGAAAAAGAAGGCUUCCACAUGGUUGCACCGAUGUUCGCUGACCCCGGAUACACAGAGCCAGCAAGAUUUAUUCAUGUGUCAAAGUCAUAUUUUACCUUCUACUGGUAUAUAUUUACCUCCAAUACACCUAGCGCCGGGGAUAUGUCCCGAAAGGUGCUCAUAUGGGUCAUUGAUCCUUUAAAGGCCGAUCUCAACGAGAUGGACAACUAUGCAUAUUCUCCUGGAAAGAAUUCUCGCUUUCUUAGCAUUUGCUUCAAGAAUCUUGGCCAGUAUCCUACCGUUACUCUACCAAAUUCCAAGAAGUUAUAUGGGGUGUUCAAAGAUGGAUACUGGGAGGUGGAUCUAUAUUGGCCCUUUAACUCUAUCACCAUAGAUGUGACUGGGCAGUACAUCAGUUUCAAACAUCGCUUCAUCAUGGACAGCCAGAAGAGUUUUUACUGGGAGCCGUAUGAGGGAGAUUAUUUUUAUGAGGAACACACUAUGGCAUUAAAAUUGAGACCUGGAUACCCCUCGAUGCUACAUCAAGACCCUUGCAAUCCUCACCUCAGUGUCCUUCUGGUUGAACACAAUUUGUAUUACAGUCUGCGCAACUUCCAAAUCCCUAUAAUGUUGGCGGUUGUCCCUAGUUACAUCCAUCCGCCUGUAGACAUGGUGGAAGCUGUUGUGCUGUUGGAGGACGGCAUCAUCCUGAAAAUGCUUGGCUGUUUGUUCUGGCUCGCCCAUGGUAGCAAAGUGGUGGAGUUCAACCCUCGAGUCUUCCUAUGCAAUGUGGUUGAGAUUGUCCCGAGGACUACCUGCUUGUCUGAUUACCCCAAUGAAGGAGUGGACUUGGGAAACAUCCUGGUGAGGACGCCUACUUCUUUGCGUCUCGGGGGAGGCCAUUCUUUAGCCAACCUUUGGAAUACCAACAGUUUCUACACAACCAUCCUUAGCGCUUCGGGAGGAAACGCAUUUUUAAGUGCAAGCUUUGGCUCCGACCCGCAGCAGGUGGCCGCACUAUUCCAAUAUGCCGACGGCUCCGUUUCUCUGUUCAUGUUCAACCUGAAGACCCGAAUUCUGUCCAGAGACCACCUCCUGAACAAGCUGGGAGUGCAGCCCAUAGGCAAUUUAAAGCUGCACUUCAUCGAGUCCUUUAAGGAGUCCUUCAUUAUGUGGAACGGUUCAAUGAUGUGGUAUAGUUUCCGUGACAACAGCGACUGUGGGAUACUGGGCACGAAGCAUAGCCCAGACCUCGGGUGGGCAGCAGGGGGCAGCAUAGAGGAGGUGGUGGUUGAUCAAAACUGGAAUCUUGUGGUGCGGAUGAGCAACAAUCGCCUGUUCUCCUGCAAGUGGGGCAUGACUGAGCUGUUGCUGAUGGAGCGUUGGCUCCCGCACUGGGUAGACAGUCACCUCCACGUGGAAAAGAACGUCAUCUCCUUACUCUGGGAGGAUCCGUACAUGAGCUACGUACAAUUGGAGCCUUACCCCUUGGAAAUGGAGAGACUGAAUAUCUUAGGUUUCGGCAUGGAGCACAAUUGCCCUUAUAUCACCUUUGAGCACAACAUGAGGAAGUACUACUAUAUGGAUCAGGGGGAGGAGCACGUGUUCUGGGCACAGCUGGUCUACCUGGAGGGGAAAGGUGUCAACAUCCAGGUGCUGCGGAGUGAUAUGAAUUUGCUGCAGUUUGAGAUGUCAGACAGCUUGGACAUUGUUGCCGGGGUGUUCACAUCGAACAUGACCAUCACAGCUAAGCUGAACAAGUUAACGAGUUCAAUGGGGUUAAUGAAGGUGGAGGUGGUGCCCAACUUGCUAGGACACAAAUGUAAAUUGCCUGCAAACAGGGUUUCUUAUUUCAGUGUUGGCUGUCCACCCUCUCGGAAGAUUGUGCUCAGGGUACCUACAGACAUUGAGAGGGAUGACUCAAUCUUCAACUUCACCAUCCCUGGGUCUGUGUUAAGAAAUCCACAGGAUGACGAUGUGGUGAUGACCUUUGACCCCAACAUUGCUGGUCCUGUCAUGAAAAUGCAUUACAAGACUGCUUAUAAACCCGACUUAAUAAUGUAUGAGGGUGAUAAGUUCAUCAAAGAAGUUGAUGUCAACUUCAUUGUGUGGGAGAUGAAUGGCCGCACAGACUUCUCUUUCAACACAACCAUGGAGCAGGCUGGUUGCCUUCGUGAAGCACAGACUAGGGCCAGUGUAGCUGAUGAAGCUUGGGGCCCAUCGAACUACAAGUCGUGUUUUGUGUUGGAUCAGCAACCGCUUGGGGACAUGGCACAACCUUAUGAAAUUAUGAACCGAAGUUACGGUAACAGCAUCACUUUUUCGCAACAGGACAGUGCGGUCUACAUGUUUGGAGUCAGGGUUGUGGAUCCCGAGUACAGCUUUUGUCUGCUUUCUACCGUCUUUGCGAUUCAAACCACUGGAAUCAGCAAACCGAAGCAUGAGCAUCUCAUCCUCUACGUUGCACUCAGCUUUGCAUUCGUAUCCCUCUGCCUGCUAGCUUACGCUUACAUCAGAUAUACCAAAAUCUACCGGGACUUGCAAAAGAAAAAGCACCGUUGAAACUGCAGUUGAGCCCAUUGUAUUUACAGCUCUGUUACAGUGCCACCUGGUGGUGUCUGCUGCAACUUGCAACUUAUGAUUGUGUGUGAUUGUUCAUUCAGUCAGUUAUGUUAUAAAUGAAUAUAACAAUUGUGUUAUUGUUAUGAUUCUGCAGUUCUGCUUUUUUUAUUGACAAUCAUUUACUGUAUUUUGUCUUCAUUGUCAUCAAUGAAUUAAGGUGUUUCCUCCUAAUAAAGAUUGUCUUUACUUUA